AUGGAAGAUCAAGAUCAGACCCAAUCCGCAUCCCGAUUGUGCCGACAAGGAUGUGGUUAUUUCGGCCAUGCCAUAUUUGAUGGUUUCUGCUCACAGUGCCAUAAGCGCCUGCAGGAUGAAAAAAAUCCCAGCGAGCCUCGAGUGUCUUCUUCUCAAGAAAUUGUUUCGAAAUCCCAAUCCUUUAAUGGUCGAUCAUCCCCUGAGCUUACUCCGGACAAAUCCUCGAAUGAUAGUCCUAAUGCCGAAUUUCCUACAUCUGAUGUCGUUGAAGAUACAUCGACUGCAGAUGCAAGUGAACCCAAGCCUUCAAAACAUCCCCGCUGUCUUAUGUGCAAUAAACGUGUUGGGUUAACUGGAUUUACUUGUCGAUGUGGUGGUUUAUUUUGUACAGUUCAUCGGUAUUCCGAUGCCCAUCAAUGCCAAUUUGAUUAUCGAGAAUCAGGCCAAGCUGAUAUCCGCAAGGCCAACCCCCAAGUGAUCUCUUCAAAAAUCAAUAAAAUUUAG